UUAGACAAUCAUAUAAGCUGACAUUUCCAUUCCAACAUCAAAACAACCUAAAUCCAAUGACAGGAGUUGAAGGAAUGCAAGCCCAGAAAGACAAAGGCCCACAUCUUGUACUCUUCCCAAUCCCAUUCCAAGGACACCUCAAUCCCAUGCUUCAACUGGCCACACUCUUACACUCCAAAGGAUUCUCAAUCACCAUAAUUCACACUAACUUCAACGCUCCCAAUCCAUCCAAUUACCCCAGCUUCAAUUUUGAGCCCAUACCCGAUGGGUUAUCAGACGAUCGAGUGGCUGCCAUGGACCCCAUAGCGCUCGUAGCGGCCCUUAACGUCGUGUGCAAGGCGCCAUUCGAAGAACUGCUUGGACGGCUCGUAUUGGAGAAUCCUUAUGGUCCGAUCAAAUGCAUCAUCUCUGAUGCAAUGAUGCACUUCACACAAGAGGUUGCGGCCCACCUCGACAUACCACGUAUCGUGAUACGGACCAGCAGCGCCAUCUCUUUUGCCGCCUUCGCCGCCUUCCCUCUUCUCCGGCAGAAGGGUUACCUUGCUGUCAAAGAUCAUCAAUCCAAGGUGCCUGUGCCCGAGCUCCCGCCCCUGCGAUGCAAGGACCUUCCGAGCAAUGGUUUCGCCACAAGCGACCCUAAUGCAUUGUACCAUUUAAUGACACACAUGGUUGAUGGAACAAGGGCCGCAUCAGGAGUCAUAUGGAAUGCGUUCGAUUACCUCGAACGAUCGGCAUUGAUGAAAAUUGGACAAGAUUUCCAGAUCCCAAACUUCUCAGUGGGCCCGCUCCAUAAGCAUGCUUCAAGCUCUUCCUGUAGCCUGCUACCACAAGACCACAGUUGCAUUGCAUGGCUGGACAAACAGGUGCAUGGGUCCGUCCUGUAUGUCAGCUUUGGGAGCUUAGCUGCAAUGGAUGAGUCUGAGCUAGUCGAGACAGCUUGGGGAUUGGCUGAUAGCAAUCGGCAUUUCUUGUGGGUAGUGCGGCCUGGUUCAGUCCACGGUUCGGAUUGGGUCGACUUGCCUAAAGGGUUCGAAGAGAAGACCGAGGGGAGGUGUUUGGUCGUAAAGUGGGCCCCACAACAAGAAGUUCUGGCCCACCCUGCAGUGGGAGGGUUUUGGACACAUGGUGGUUGGAAUUCUACAUUGGAGAGUAUAUGUGAAGGGGUCCCAAUGAUUUGUUCCCCUUGGUUUAGUGAUCAAAGGGUCAAUGCUAGGUAUGUGGAUCAUGUUUGGAGGGUGGGAAUGCAACUUGAUAAUGGGUUCGAAAGAGGUGAGAUCGAGCAGGCCAUCAGAAGAUUAAUGGUGGGCAAUGACGGACAGGAGAUGAGGACCAGGAUCAAGGUUCUGAAGGAAAAUGCUGACGGUUGCCUAAGGGAAGGAGGUUCUUCCUAUGAGUCGUUGAAUAGUUUGAAAGAUUACAUCUUGUCACUAUGAUGCCUCUAUGUGUGUGUGUCCACAUAUUUCCAUUGUUUUCAUGUGUCACUUUCUAGGUCCUACGUCAAUUCAAGCUGUUCGAAUCGUGGGCCUCACUCCCUACGGAGCAUAUCUGAAAAGUCACUUUUUGGAAAAUCCUAAACUUCGAAUAUGGGGGCCAAUAAAUGGACAUUCAAAAGAAAAUGAUCAGUUGUCCAAACACUAGUCGACAUUAGAUUAUUCAAAUUUCCAGGUGAUUCGGUGUGAUUUUCAGAAUAUGGUCCAUCCACAAAAGGCUCAUUAUAUGGACGUUCUGGGUAGACUUACAUUUAGGUCACAUGAUAUGUGCACCAUUUUAGAAACUGUGGACUGUGUAAGCACUAGUAUGAGUGCAAGAUUUUUAUAAACCACCAUUUACGUUUUAAGAUUUUUAAAUUUCAAAUUUGCAUUUUGA